AGCAAGAAGAAAAAUCAAAAUCGCCGCUAAUACUUUCGUUUACUUUGACUUGGACUAUCCCCAAUUCCCUAUUCCCAAACCUAUUUUUAUUCCAUUAAAUUAGUUUUUUGGACCCACAAAAAAAUAUAUAUAUAUAUCGAAGGGAAAAAAUAUUUUUCAAAUAUGAAGAUGGUUGAAUUCAUUGCCACAUUGACCCACCGCGCACGUUAGUCUCCAGCACCUCCCACGAUAGCCCUACGGUUUACUUUCCUUUGAUUUUCCGGUUAAUUUCAUUUUUACUCAUUCUAGGAAGAGGAAGAAGAAGAUCUUCACGGUGAUUUUAUAAUUACAAACCUGGUUUAGGGUUUGGCUGGGUGGUUGUUAGUGGAGAUUGAUUUGUUAUGUUCUGAUAUUAAUAUGAGAAUCUUGAUUGCUUGAACUUUUGAGUCCAAAGUCUGAAGCUUUUGAAGUACUGCACCCUUGUGGAUAUCUAAGAGAAUAUCAACAGUGGUUCGUGGUCAGAUUUUUUGCAGCUUAUGUGAAGUUUUAGGUUGCUGUUGUGAAAGAUUGCUAGCUGGUACUUGAGCUUCGAUUUUGAGUUUCUAGGAUGUUGUGUUGAAGCUUUUGAAUGGUUUGACCUUUUGGGUGUUUGGAAAAAAUUGGGAUUAGUUUGUUGUGGUUCACUUUGCAAUUUAGUUUUGUGAAAUGGAUAAUUCGAAGAAUCGGCAUAAUGAUCAUCUGGGUGUGAACAAGAGCGGUAAAAAUAUAAAGAAGAGCCCGUUGCAUCAACCUAAUUUUGCUAAUAAUGCAGCUAGGCAGCAGCCUCAGCCUCAGGUUUACAAUAUAAGCAAGAACGAAUUCAGGAACAUUGUUCAGCAGCUCACUGGUUCGCCUUCACAAGAUCCUUUGCCCAGGCCCCCACAGAAUCCUCCCAAACCCCAAAGUAUUAGAUUGCAGAAAAUUAGGCCUCCACCAUUGACACCGAUCAAUCGGCCCCAUAUUCCACCUCCAGUACCUGCCCCUGGUAAUGCACCAGCUCCAGUUCCCCCUCCUGCUCCUUAUAAUAAUAUGGUUAGACCUGGUCAAUAUGGACAAACAUCACCUACAAUGUUACAACCUGUGAUACCUGGAGGUGCUGUUUGGGCAAACACGGCUGAAUCUCCUAUCUCAGCUUAUAUGCGAUACCUGCAGGCUUCUCUUAUUGAUCCUAGUCCAGUUGGAAACCAAGUGCAACCUCAACUACACCCUGCAGUUCCAGGUCAACCUUUCACUCCUCCACCAUCUUCUGGUUUGCUUCCUAAUCCACCAUUGCGGGCUCUCCCUUCCCCAGGAGGAGUUCCCGUACCACCUAUGUCUAAUCUCCCUUCUCCACGAAUGAAUGGUCCUGUACCACCGAUGCCUAAUCUUCCACAACCACGGAUGAAUGUACCUGCCCUUUUACAUUCACCAACUUCUCAGUUCCUUUUGCCAUCACCUACUGGUUAUAUGAAUUUGUUGUAUCCCCGCUCGCCUUACCCUUUGCUUUCUCCCGGGGUUCAAUUUCCGCCAAUGACUCCCAACUUUGCUUUCUCGCCCAUGGGUCAGUCAGGGAUUUUAGGUCCAGGGCCUCAACCUUCGCCUUCCGCUGGUCUUAUGUUUCCAUUGUCACCUGGCUUUUUUCCCUUCCCAAGUCCAAUGUGGAGGGACCAAUAAUCUAAGUUAGUACAUUUUCGUUCUCAUCAACUUCAUGCUUGUUGAGGAAUUAGGACCCCCUUCAUGCAGGAUCAUCUCUUUCUCAUGAAGGUACAAUUGUGAAUUUUUUUGACUUCAGUCAUGUGCAUACCCGUUUCACAAGUUUGCGCUUAGGCUUUGUAACAACUGUAAUGCUUUUUGUAUUCUUGGAAAAGUACUUAGGAAAUAGUGGAGAUCGGAUAACUCAGUUGGACAUCUCUGGACUGGAGCUGUAACGUGUAAGCAGGUAGGAUCACAGGCAUAAAAAAUUUAUAGGUAGGCAAUCUAGUUGAAAAAUUCUUGUGUAGUUGUACUAUUGUGGAUUAAAUCCUAAUUAAUUUUAGUAAAUUUUUGUUCAAUUGAGUGGCAUGUGGAAAUAAAAUAUUCAACCAUUCUUCAUCAUUUAUUUUUCUCUGCUAUUCAAAAGAAGGGGUCAUGGUGUUGGAGUUAUACUGUCUCAAAUUUUGCUCAAAAAAUUGCUACUAACUGCUGACACCUCGGUUCUCUAGCAAAUUUCUUCUAAGCAACAUUGGGUUUUUAUAAUUUUGUGAAGGGAGAAAAUAUGGUGUACAUUUUUAGUUCGGUUUUUUCAUAAUCCCAUUGGGUUUAGGUGACAUUCAUAUCAAGCAUAACGGUCCAGUGCAUUAAAUUUGGACUGAAGGAGGCCCAAGUAACGGGAAAAACGGACUAGUGAAGAUCCUUGAAAGUAGGGGAAAUGCAAAAGGCUUCUUAAAUGUAAUUUAAACUAUGUUUGGACGGAUGGUAAGGUCUCACCCGGUAGG